AUGCUUGCACCACCUUACUCCACAAACGCAAGCGGCAGCCCAAGCAGCCCCCUCCACGUGGCCGUGAUUGGCGGCGGCAUCACGGGCGUGACUCUGGCCCUGGGCCUCGAGGCGCGCGGCAUAUCGUACACCCUGUACGAGCGCACCGCCGCCUUCAAGGAGAUUGGGGCCGGGGUGGGCUUCUCACCCAACGCCGAGGUGGCGCUGGCGGCGCUGGGACGGCACCUGCACGCCGCGUACAAGCGCGUCGCCAUGGCCAACGGGGAGGACUACUUUCAAUGGGUCGACGGGUCCGCGACCGACGAGGUCAUUUAUCGGCUCUACCUGGGCGAGCAAGGCUUCCAGGGGUGUCGGCGGAGUGACUUUUUGGACGAGCUGGUCAAGAUGAUUCCAGAGGAAAAGGUACAGCUGGGAAAAGCUGCCGAGGCCAUUGAAGAGGUUGAGGAUGGAGGUGUGAGAAUACGUUUUCGAGAUGGAACGCAAGACAUGGCUGAUAUUGUCAUUGGCUGCGAUGGAAUUCACUCGAGCAUUCGCCAACUUGUGCUCGGAAAAGACAGUCCAGCCACUCAGCCAACGUACUCACACAAGUUCUGCUUCCGGGCUCUGGUCCCGACCAAGGAGGCGCUCAAGACGCUCAGCAACGACAGAACGUCGACGCGCUUCAUGUACAAUGGGCCCAAUGCGCACGCCAUCACCUACCCAGUGACGCAGGACUUGCUCAACGUGCUCCUGGUGAUAUCCGACCCCAAGCCCUGGAAGACCGAGGACGGCAGGCACAUUGCGCGCGGGGGGCGCAAGCAGGAGGCCGUCGAUGCGUUUGCCGACUGGCACCCCGCGGUCAAGGCCGUGGUCGACUUGAUGCCCGAAGAAAUGGACAAGUGGGCCAUCUUUGACAUGAUGGAACACCCGGCGCCGUUUUAUGGAAAGGGGAGAGUGUGUAUUGCCGGCGACGCCGCCCACGCCGCGGGACCUCACCUGGGUGCCGGCGCCGGCUUCGGCAUGGAAGAUGCCCUGGUCCUGGCCGAGCUCCUCCAGGCUGUAAACGAAGCAUCGGAUCAACGCUUUCGUGCCGACAUGUGUCGCGACAUGUUGAAGGUGUACAAUGAUGUGCGGUAUGCGCGUACGCAGUGGCUUGUCAAGCAGAGCAGAGUGGCCUGUGACUUUUUUCAGUGGACCGACCCCUACGUUGGGAGUAGUACCGAAAGGUUUAGCCGUGAGAUUACACGGAUUUUUCACCAGAUUUGGGAAUUUGAUAUAGAAGGAUCAGCAAAGGAUGCGGUUUCGACAUUUCGAGAGGGUGCGCUGAGUGGCGUGGCAAAGAAUUGA